CUGUAAGCCCUGAGGGUGGCUUUCCAGGGUGGCAUUGACUCUGCACUGCAGCCCACCCCAUCUCAGGCUCCUUCCUGCCCCAAGAUCAGCGUCCAGUGGGCCGCACCAUGGCCAUGAGCCUUCUGCAGGACUGGUGCCGGGGCCUGGACGUGGACGCGCACAGGGCCCUGCUGGUCACCGGCAUCCCGGAGGGCCUGGAGCAGGCGCACGUCGAAGCCGCCCUGCAGCCCUCCCUCCUGCCCCUGGGCACGUUCAGACUGCGACGCAUGAAGGCCUUGACGAACGAGAAGGCCCAGGCUGCCCUGGUGGAGUUUGUGGAGGACGUCAAUCACGCUGCCAUUCCCAGGGAGAUCCCGGGCAAGGAUGGGGUCUGGAGGGUUCUGUGGAAGGACCGUGCGCAGGACACGAGGGUCCUGAGGCAGAUGAGACGCCUGCUGCUGGAUGACGGGCCCCUGGGGGGGGCCGCCCACCCCUCCCACUUCGGAGGCCCAGGCCCAGGGGUCAGGACAGUCAUCAAGAAAAGUGUCCACCCUCCCGGGGCUACAAGAAUAGUAGCAAGAAGAGGAGGGGUCACAGAAAUUGAGCCAGAAGCUAAAAGAGGGCCCGAAGGACGUGUCCAUUUCCCCUGGCAAAGAAGGAAUCCGAGGAAGUUUCUCAGGAGAGCUUGGACAUCAAGAUCGAGGAGGCAGAUGAGGGGGCUUGAGCAGAGAUGACAAUGACAGCAGGUGUACCCAACACUCCAGGCAGCAGUCGGAGGGCAAGUUCACAAGAAGUGGGCCUUCUGAAGCUACAAGGACGAGGCGGACGGUCCCAUGGAGUUCUUGGCCCUGGUGACCAGGACAGACAAAGCCCAACAGGAGGAGAUG